GAAAGCCAUAUGGAAUCAAAAAAGUGUUCAUUUCGCCGAAAUCAAUUAUUAUCUUUUACGCUCCCCUUGUAAACAAAGCUUAAUUCGCGUUGACGUCAUUGAGCAUCGUUUACGAACUUAGGGGAGCAUCAAAGAUAAUGAUUGAUUUUCAGGAUAAAACUGCAGCGGCCGUACGUUUUUUCUAUUCUGGGUUUGGAUCGAUUAAUCGACGAAGUAUUCGAUUAAUCGAUUAAUCGAACGAUUAUCGGGGAUCACUAUUUACAUCGAUACUGUUUUACAGCCGGUAGUAUUACGGAAGACUUGGUUUUUGAUUUAGCAGGAUAUUCAUCAACAUGGAACCAGCCACCCUCAAAACUGAAGCCCAGAGUAAACGCUGGAGCCAUUUGCGUAAAAUUCUGGAACGAUCCGGUCCGUUUAGUCCACCAAAUUUUACUCCUUCCUCAGAAACCCUGGAGUUUUUGCUCGAUACAUGUAAAAUUUUAGUUAUUGGUGCCGGUGGUCUUGGUUGUGAACUACUAAAGAAUCUUGCAUUGAUGGGCUUCCGCGAUAUUCACGUAAUCGAUAUGGAUACGAUAGAAUUGUCGAAUUUGAACAGACAAUUUUUAUUCCGCCGGGCGGAUAUCGGAAAAUCAAAGGCUGAGUGCGCGGCUAGUUUCGUUAACGCCAGAAUUCCAGGAUGUUCGGUUAAGCCCCAUUUUAGUAAAAUACAAGAUUUCGAUUCGGGCUUCUAUCGUCAGUUUCACAUAAUUGUUUGUGGGCUGGACUCGAUUGUGGCCCGGCGUUGGAUCAACGGGAUGCUGAUCUCAAUGGUAGAAUACCAAGAGGAUGGUUCGGUUGAUGAGACUACAAUCAUUCCUCUUGUGGAUGGAGGGACCGAAGGUUUCAAGGGAAACGCCAGGGUUAUCCUGCCUGGAAUGACUGCAUGCAUCGAUUGCACUCUUGAUUUGUUUCCUCCCCAAAUUAGCUACCCCUUAUGCACAAUUGCAAAUACACCGCGUCUUCCGGAGCACUGCAUUGAAUAUGUUAAAAUUAUUCAAUGGUCUAAGGAAAAUCCAUUCGGGAGCGAUGUCGUUUUGGAUGGCGAUGACCCACAGCAUAUAACGUGGGUCUAUGAGAAAGCUCAGGAGCGAGCAAAUACGUUUAACAUUACGGGAUUAUCGUAUCGUCUUGUGCAAGGUGUUCUCAAAAACAUUAUACCGGCAGUGGCAAGUACCAACGCUGUGAUUGCAGCUGCAUGUGCCACUGAGGUUUUUAAAAUUGCAUCAAGCUGUUGCGAGCCGCUAAACAAUUAUAUGGUGUUUAAUGAUAGCGAUGGAAUCUACACUUACACCUACGAAGCAGAAAAGAAAUCCGAUUGUUUGGCUUGCAGCCAGGUUCCACGACUGGUUGAUGUGGUUGAUCCAAAUACAAUGACACUACAAGAUUUGAUCCAAUACCUUUGCGAUAGCAGCGAGUUUCAGAUGAAAAGUCCAGGCCUGACGGCUAAUGUCGAAGGAAAGAAUAAAACACUAUAUAUGUCAACCGUCAGAAGCAUCGAAGAAGCGACCAAAUCUAACCUGACACUAUCCCUCGGAGAGUUAGGUUUGAGGGAUGGCCAAGAAAUAAUGGUGGCCGAUGUCACCAAUCCAAACACGAUACUGAUCAAACUAAAGUUCCAAAGUAAUGAAGUGGAAAUGGCAUAAAGUAUUCUACGGAAUGAAGUGUGAUACUUCAUGCGUUGGAAGGAUGUCCUUUUGAAGGUUUAGAAAAACCCAUAUUAAUCUCGAUAGUUGUAUAAUAAAAUUAAUAAAAAAUGAAUCGCGUUCAA